GCCGUUUCACAAAUCAGAAACAUUCAGCAGUGUGAACAUUUUGGAUAACCUAGAUGUUUGUUUAUGACUUUUCGCGCCUACAUGGGUAUGAUAUGAUUAUAGUCAAUUCAGGAUGUUUUUGCCGAUAAAGAUAGUCGCUCUGGACCAGUUUAAACAAGGAAAGGGCCAUUAAAUGGAACCGUAGCGUAGAUCGAACUGGAAUGUGAGAUAAUGCCAUAGCAACAAAGACAAGCUGACACCAUAAAUUACAAAAUGGCAGUGAGCGAUGUGGACGACCUUCAAAUAGUGAGCCUUCGACCAGAAUCCGUGCAACCGUUUUGGCUAUUUGAUGGAGCAGGAGUAAAAUCGUUAUCUGGUGAAGUCGAAUUGCUGGCAAGAAGGUGCAGGACAGUGUCUCCAAAUGCCUUGAAGCAAGAAUUGUAUUAUGAAAAGAGACCUCACUCAACUGCUGGGAUACCAAUGGAUGGACAAAUUCGUAGAAGAGAGAAACAGAUGGGGUCUAGAAGCAGAAAAGGAAAAAUUCUGACUGAAAAAAAUCUUAAAGAGGAGAACAUGAAAAAAGUUCUGCAAAGGUUUCAGCCACCAAAGACAAAAAAUGUCACGAUUGGUCCAGGAUAUGUCAUCUCACAGACAAGUCAUGGUGUUUUGGCAAAGAUUGACACUUCACAGCUUACGGAACCCCCUAAACGAGUGACUAAUCUAGGAGAGCGGAGAACAAGCUUCAAAUCCGGAAAUGAAAAGUUAUCAACCGAUCGACAGAUUAUAGAAGACUUGAGAACGAGAAUCGAUGAUUUGUCAGCUGCUCUUGAAGAUACAAAAGUAUGUCACAGACUAGAGAUGAAGCAAGUCUACGAUCUCCAUGCUAAAGAUUGCGAAGACAUCAAAAAAGAACACGAGGAACAUAUAAAAGCUAUUGAGUUAGAUAAUGCUGAAGAAUUGAAGCAAAUUGAAGAUGAACAUAAACGCAAGAUUCAAGAGAUCCUCGCUGAAGCCUUGAAAGAAAACAACGAGUUGGCCAGAGAAGCAAAGGUUGCAAAAGCUGCAUUAGAAACAUACAAGGAGUCGAUGAUGAAGGAGGUCAAUGCCAAGUGGAAAGAGAAUGAGUUGGAAAUGAAAAUUGAGCACGAGCGUAAAACCGAGAAGCUGUUGCUAGAUCAAAGGAAUGACUUGAUUGCUGACAAAAACAAGGAACUGGAUGUGGUGACGAAAGAGCAUCGGCGACAAAUAGCGUUGAUAGUCGAGUCAAACAAAAAGGAAAUGGACGUUCUUCUUAGAAAGUUUACUGCAACUGUAGCUGAUGCCGAAAGAUUGAAGAUAAUCAUGGCAGAACUUGAGCAAGUGAAAUCAGAGAAUGAGCAAAUGAAGGGAGACCUCGAAAAAUCAAGAAAAUUUCACCGAUCCGCAACAAAUGAGCUCCAUGAUGUGAAAGUCAAGUUACAAAUGUACAAAGACCAUUUUGCUGAAAAGGUUUCUGAGGUGGAUGAACAAUAUUCACAAAAAAUCAACGAUCUAAUGAUAGACAAUUCAAGUUUAAGACAACAAUAUAUUCGAAAAUGUGAUGAGCUUUAUCAAGUCAGGUCAGAAAGAAACGUCAAACAGGAGGACAACUUGAUUGCAGCAAAGAAUGCAAUGCAGCAAAUCAUAUUAUCACGAGCAAGAGCGGACGUGAGCCUGACUGCCUUACGAGACAACGACACAAGUAGUGAUCCCCAACUGGAAACCGACAGAAGGACGACCAGAUCUUCUAAAACAAAACAACAACGGCCAACGAGUGCGCCUUCCACAGGUAAAGAGACAACCGUAGCGGUUCGGGCAUCGUCUAAAGGAUAUUACACAACGCCCCCUGAGGCCACUAGAAAACACCCGAGACCCUUAUCGUCAUGCUACAUGCCUGUUUCAGGCAUCGACGAGUCACGCUUGCGUGCACAUACUAUAAAUGAUGCCAACCACGCCCUGAAAAAGGUUUCGUUGAAACAAACUCCGCCAUUAAUUACAUUAGACAAACCGAAGAUGAACCACCCCUCUCGGGCAAGUAGCGCCAAGGUGCAUUUUCUUAAGUAAAACCAUAUAGUGUGUAUUUGAAGCUUUGAGCUUUAACUCUUGGAAGAAAUAGUCUGAAAUGAUGACCUUAAAUGGCAGUAUCUAGCAUGCUUUAAAUCGUGUGUUAGGCAGUAAAACAUAUUGUAUAGUAGUAUUAGUAUUGUAUAUGUAAUGUAUAUAAAAGCGAAAAGUCACUUUUUUCCGAAGGUCGCUUGUAGUGAUUCCUAGAGUGGUUAUGAUGUAAAAAUUCCGAUAAGAUCAAUCGGUGAUUGAAAGGGUCGUCCAUUACAGUGUGGUGUCAACUCUAUAGAUGGUAUAGUUAAACGCAUCUAAUGCUUUCCCUGUCUAAAAUUCCAAUUAAGGUCUUGAUCCAGCGUACCCUUUUUGUAUUGGCUAAUUCAUAAUCAUUUCUCUCUUUACACGAUCUCAUUCAGGGCUGCACAUUCCAACCAAGUGUUAUUCUUCUGUUGCAAUGUUAUACUUAUCUUUCCUCCGGUUAAAAGGCCAGGCUUCCGUAGAAAAAGAAUGAGAACAAAGCCCUGUUUACACUACAACUUUUAACCUGGGUUAACACUAAGAACACUGUCCCUUUAAAUAACUAGAAGAAAAAAUGUAGUUUUGUCCUAAUUGGAUGGGGCAAUAUUCCUUUUCGUGAUUUCCUUUUGUCUCUCAAUAACACCUACUAACAUUUUAUCUAGUUAUUAAUUUCUAUCAUCAUAUUUGUCAUCCAUCCCUUUUCAGCACUUCUCAGAAAAUUAUUCCCAUGCCCAACUGUCCUUUUCCAAACCAAUUCCAAAACUUCACAAGUGCAUCAUUAACUAAAGAAUCAUUUUCAUGAAAGGCAACCCAUUAACGGUCAUUUUCCAUUCAUUAGUUAUUUCAAUAAACGAUGGAAGUAAACUUUGUUUUAAAGUAAAUCAGAUUUGAUUUUAUAUUAUUAAAGUUUAUAAACAGUUUUUCAUAAAAUAUAUAAGCAUUUUUAUCUACCGGGAUUUCGUAUUUUUGUAUGUAUUUGAAUAUCCUUUGAGUUUCUUAACUGUGCGAAGAAUUCUAUUGAUGUAUUAUUAUAUCAUAAGAAACGUUUAUAUUAAUAAGGGGAUGAUGCUUUAUUUCUUUGUUUACAUUGUUAACUCAAAUUAUCGUAAAGAUGUCAGAAAAUCGCCAUUUUGUAAAACUAUAUUAAUUUGUAAAAUUAUAAACCAUUAUAAAACUACGCGAAGUGAAGAAAGACAUGUCAUGUUGCAUUCUUUAAGGUAAUAAACUAAAGCAGCAAAGAAAAUUAUCAAUGCAUUUAAUUGUUCGGUGAGGAAAAAUAUCGUCUGCAGCACGUCAGAUUGCGCGCAUACCUGCCACGCAUUUUGUAGACAUGCAAUACCAAGUUAUUACGUCAGUGUAUAGACAUGGCUUUGGACACGUAAAUCCUGGAAUGAUAUCACUGAAAGUCAAUUUGCCACAGGGCUACGCAGUGAAUGCGCCUUAGCAGCAUGAUUUGUUACCAUCUCUAUAUUUGUUACGUAUAGCUGUAGCUACUACCCUGGCUAACAUCCUCAU